AUGGGCAACAGUGGCGACACGGUCGAUGAGGUACUCAACAGGGACACCCUGGAAGCCCUGUGGGACAUGCGGAACUCGGGCGUGCUUUGCGACGGCCUCCUCAAGACCUCGGACGGCGGCGAGUUCCCCGUGCACAAGGUCAUCAUGGCUAGCUGCAGCGAGUACUUUAGAGCCCUGUUCAGCUCGCACAUGAGCAGCGGAGGCCAGUGCGAGGUGCUUGUGCGCGGCGUGACCAGCGAGGCCCUGGCCGUCAUCGUGGAGUUCGCGUACAAGCGCAUCACGUGGGUCGGCUGCGACAACGUGGAGCGGCUCCUCAAUGCGGCCGACUACCUCUGCGUCAUGGGCAUGGUCAAGGACUGCUGCGACUUCCUCCUCUCCAUCAUGACUCCCGAAAACUGCAUCUCCAUACACAACGUGGCCAAAAUGUACAACUGCUUCGAUCUCGCCGCCAAGGCCAAGAAUUACCUGAUGGAGCACUUCGUCGAGGUGGCUAAGCGUAGCGAUGAGUUCCUGCGGCUGGACGCCGACGAAGUGGUGUCCAUUCUGUCGGACGAAAACCUGAACGUGGUCAAGGAGGAGAGCGUGUGGAAAGCCGCGCUGCGCUGGAUCGAGAUCGACCCGGGCAGCCGCAUUCGCCACAUGGCACGCCUGUUCGAGUGCGUGCGUACGGGGCUCGUGGACACCGACUUCUUCGUCGAGAGGAUCAAGACGCAUAAGUACAUCGUCGAUGACGACGCCUGCAGGCCUCGAGUGAUACAGACGCUGCGCUUCCUGUACGACCUUGACGUGGUGGUGCACGACGACGAAGUGCCGACGCCCGUGUUCGCGCGACCACGCAUACCGCACGAGGUGUUGUUCGCCAUAGGCGGUUGGAUGGCGGGAGGACCGACCAACUUCAUCGAGAGCUACGACACUAAGGCUGAUAGGUGGAUUAAGGUUGAAACCGUCGACCCUGAAGGUCCUCGGGCGUACCACAAGCUCGCGGCUAUUGGCAACGACAUCUACGUCAUCGGAGGCUUCAACGGCGAGGACUACUUCAGCAGCGUGCGAUGCUUCAACGCGCAUACAAGGAGUGGCGCUCUGUCACACCCAUGCACAUGCUACGUAAGCAUUGCGGUGCUGGACGAGAUAAUCUACGCAAUGGGCGGCUACGACGGUCGGCACAGGCAGAACACGGCUGAGAAGUUUGACCACCGAACAAACCAGUGGAGUAUGAUUGCGCCCAUGAACAUGCAAAGGAGCGACGCGUGUGCCACCGCGAACGACGGCUACGUGUACGUCACGGGCGGCUUCAGCGGGAGCGAAUGCCUCAGCUCGGCCGAGAAGUACGACCCGACGGCCGACCAGUGGACCAUGAUCGCGGCUAUGCGGUUCCGGCGCAGCGGUGUCGGCUGCAUAGGCUUCCGCAACUGCGUCUACGCGAUCGGCGGCUUCAACGGCACCACGAGGCUGGUCUCGGCCGAGAAGUACAAUCCGGAGACCAACAUGUGGACCAGUCUUCCCAACAUGUACACGCCCAGAAGCAACUUCGCCGUGGCCAUAAUUGACAACCUGGUCUUCGCCAUCGGCGGCUUCAACGGCGAGAGCACGACCAACCUCGCCGAGUGCUACGAUCCGACAACGGACCAGUGGUACGAGGCCACGGACAUGAACGAAUCCCGCUCGGCCCUCGCCGCUUGCGUCAUUUCCGGCCUGCCCAACAUCCGAGACUACGUCCACCAGCGCCGUGACAACCUGAUGGAGGAGAAGCGCCAGAAGAUGCUUGACAUCCUCAAGCACCGAACGCGUCACGCCAACCGCGACGACAAGAACGCGUAGAAGUGAAAAGAAAG